AUGAAAUGCAAGAUUGCAGAACAAAAUAGAGAGACUAAGAAUGAAAAUUCUAUGGCAAAACACACAGGAGAUGAAAAAUGCAAAGUCCGCAAUCUGAAUUAUUUGCCCGAACACAUAAGCGCAACAAGGGAGCUGGAAAAAUAUAAAGUUGCCCUUGAAGCAAAGUACGGUCUUGAUAUGUUAGAUGAGCUGAUUUUUUUUAUGCUGAUGCAUGGGCAGAAGCGACAAAUGGUCUACACAGAGGUCGUGUAUAUGGAUUUACACCGGCUGAAAGAGCUUCACUCAUUCUUUAAAAAGAAGACAGCAAUGAAGAUAGUCGAAAUAGAAAAAGAGAUUCGCCAAGAGUUAGUGGAAGCGAUGACUAGCGAAAUUGCGAAGAUCAAGCGGCAAUCCAAGGAGGAAAUAAAUGAAAUUAAGCUGGGAAUGAAAUGUCGACCAAAGAGGCACCGUAAAGAACUGGAUGCAAUGAUUCGCAACAUGCUUCGAGAAGUUAACCUCCCUAACUCGAAGUAUCCUUCG